UCCAACUACAUAAUCACCUACGACUUUUGUGUAGACUUACAUUGCCCGAUGCUAAUACAGAUCGAAAUCAAAGUUUUGAAAUACCAACCCAACCCCAUAUUACUCACUCCGCUUCGCAUUACUCACUCUAAUCCAUUAACGUACCCACCAAUGAUCAACAAUGAAUCAAAGUUUGCGAUAACGAUUGAUGUAUCCAAGUUCAAGCCGGAGAAUCUGAAGGUAAAUAUUGAUGGUCGUCAGUUGACCAUCGAAGGAAAGGAAGAUCAUUGCAUCACACGUUCAGGGACUUUAAAAUCUGACUUGUCUUUUGUUCGAAGAUGGAUGCUACCAGAAAACGUUGAUUUGGAAGCUAUCCGCUCUUCGCUUUCCAAUAAUGGCCGCCUUGCCAUAGAAGCACCAAAGUUGGCUAAGGCAGCUGACUCUGGCAGAAGUAUCCCCAUCGAACGAGUCAGCGAGAAGCAGUAA